AGGUGCAUCCUGGGAAAUCCACCAACAUGGGGCGCAGCGGCGGCCGUCGCCGCCGCCGCCGUCGCCGCGAGUCCCGGCCGCGGGUGCCUCCACUUCCCUGACGCCCAGCUGGGGCCUCGCCGCCCGCCGCGGCCCGGGUCUUUGCGGGCCAGACUCGCCAGCGCGCCCUUCUCCCGCCUGCUCGCCGGGGCCAUGUGAGGAGGCAGCUCCCUCCACCGCCGCCGCCUCCUCUUCCUCCCCCGCCCCCUCUCCCUGCCCGCCCCCCUCACACGGAGCCCUGGAGGAUCCCCCGCUGCUGCCCGCCCUCCCUACGCCACCCCCACGAUGGACAGGAACUACGCGACCUCGGGCUUCACCGAGCCGCCGCCGCCGCCGCCGCCCGCGCCCCCCGCCGCCCCCACCCCCGCCAGCGCCGCAGCGCAGCCCCCUGCCCCAGCCUGGGCCUACGAACCCCGAGCCGCCGCCGCCAGCAGCAGUUGCAGCAGCGGCAGCUGCAGCAGCGGCAGCAGCCCCAGCCUCAAGGCCAGUUUAAGCUAUGAAGAAAGACAUCCCUCACACUCUGAAACAGAUCUCCUUCAGAGACAGAGUUUUGCAGCCUCUCAUCAGCUUCCUGGAUAUGCUCCCACACCUCAACCUACUGGUCUUUCUGGAAUAUUUGAUACUAGUGUGAACAGUGCCAGCAGUAACACUAAACAGUCUUCAGUGAUGAAUUUUCUGUCUACUGCUGAAUCCCGAACUGCUCAGGCUGCUGCUUCAGGAACUACUCUCUUACCACAAUUCAGGGCUCCAUCCUGGCAGACAGGCAUGCAUUCCUCAGCAGCAACUGAGCUGUUUGCUACUGGACCUUUGCCAAGCACUGGAACACUUCCACCAUCUCUCUCUGCUUAUCAGCAUCCCACCACCUUCAGCAAUAGAAACUUUGCUACCACUUCACCUUUGGUGCUUCAGGAUUCAACUUUUAACACUACAUCAAAUGGAAUUUUAAGUCAUCAUGACCCUUUGCUACAAAUCAAGACUUCCCAGGGAACUGUUCCAACUGCUUUGGCAUUUGAGCGCCUGGGCAGUUCUGUAUUAAGUAACAGCAUACCACCUCAGUCUUCAACAUACCGCUCAGCUCAAGAGUCUGCACCCCAUCUUUUACAACCUCAAUUUAGUUUGUUGCCUUCAGCACUUGGGGGAGCCCAGCAGACUCCUCAAGCCUACAGUUCAACUCUCUUUACUAGUUCUACUGCUUCCAUUGAAAGAGCUCUUCUUCGAGAAUGUAGUGUUAUUAAACACCAUCAGCGGCCUUCAGGUACCCAGUCAAUUCAGGCACAACUGACUGGUUCACAGCACUCCUUACAUAGUUAUCUAUCAAAUUCAAGUGUAGUUAAUUUUCAGGAAACAACCAGGCAGUCAUCUUUAUCCUGUAGCCCAAUUGGAGAUUCCACUCAGGUGAGCAAUGGAGGAUUACAACAGAAGACCUCCCAGGUCUCAGUGGAACUUGCUCAGUCUUACUCAUCUGUGAUUCCAUCAUCAGGGUAUCCUCCUUCUACUACAAAAGUAAAAAGCUGUUCUACAGAACAACCACUGACAUCAACCAAGACCCCUAAACCUCAAAGUAUAAUUCCUCCUGUGCAAACACUAAGCUAUUCCAAACCUUUACAUAAUCAGAGUUCUGUAAUAUCGGGCCAAGCACAAAUUUAUUCUACAGCGCAGCUACCAAGCCUUUUAUCAGUUAGUCAGUCCCAAAAUUACGGUUUAGUACAGCCACAUAAUGUGCCAUCUAUUGUUCAUUCACAGGUUUAUAGGUCCAGCAAGGUUGAGAAAUUGCCAGCCUUGUAUAAAACAUUGACUUUUUCUGGGUCAUCUCAGACUAUAACUCCUGAAAAUCAGACGCUUAAUUAUUCAUCUAAUCAGCAAGAGGUAUUGUCUUCAGUUACAAAUGAGAAUUACCCUGCUCAAACAAGAGAUCUGUCUUCAGUAAGUCAGUCUCAAAGUUACUCAUCUGGUCACUCUCAGGGUUUAUCACCAGUUAGCCAGACACAGGUUAGCUAUUCAUCUCAAUCACAAGUUUUGUCAGUUGUUAGUCCUUCAGAAAGCUAUGCUUCAGGGGAGUCCCUAACAUUAACAGCCCCUUCUCUUUCUUAUUCUUCUGCCUCUCGGGCUCAGAAUUUGCCAGACUCUAGCCCGACCCAGAAUUAUAUUUCUAUGCAUUCUUCCCAAAAUGUUCAGACUCAAGAGUCAUCAUCUCCCCAGUCCCAGAAGUUUUUGCCUACUGUCCAGUCAUCAUCUUUUGCAUCCUCUACUCAUUGUCAGACAUUACAAAAUAACAUAACUUCCCCUGACCCAAAGUCUUAUGCGGAAAGAAAGCUUGACUCAGAUGUGUAUACAUCUUCAAAGCAAGAAGAUGGUUUUCCAAUGCAAGAGUUACAGGUGUUGCAGCCACAAGCAUCUCUUGAGUCAUCAACCCAAAGGCUAUCUGAGGGAGAAAUUAAUGCUCAAGAAUCAACUUAUAAGGUGUCAAAGGCAGAUGACAGAUAUUCUCAGAGUGUAAUCAGAAGUAAUUCCCGUCUUGAAGAUCAAGUUAUUGGGGUUGCUCUACAAGCAUCAAAAAAAGAAGAAAGUGUUGUUGGCUCAGUGACACAACUUAACCAACAAAUUGGCCAAGUCAAUAAUGCAGCUACCCUUGAUCUUAAGAACACAACUAAUUUAAUACAGACUCCACAAAUAAGGUUGAAUACUAAAGACUUAAAGCAGCAGCAUCCUCUUGUACUUAAGGUGCAUGAGUCCAAGGUUCAGGAACAGCACGAUCAAAUAAUUAAUGCUUCAUCUCAGAUUCAAAUUCCAAAUCAUGCUUUAGGGCAUGGCCAUCAGGCAUCUCUUCCUAAUACACAGGUCCUUUUAGAUUCUGCCUGUGAUUUACAAAUUCUUCAGCAGUCAAUACUGCAGGCAGGUUUAGGUCAAGUAAAGGCAUCUUUACAAGCACAGCGUGUUCAGAGCCCUCAACAAAUAGUACAUCCUUUCCUUCAGAUGGAAGGUCAUGUUAUUCAAAGCAAUGGCGAUCAUUCUCAGCAGCAACUCCAUCCUCAAAAUUCUGAAGUUAUGAAAAUGGACCUCUCUGAGUCUUCAAAACCAUUACAACAACAUCUAACAACAAAGGACCAUUUUAGUGAAACAAAUCAACAUGAUUCAAAGAAUCAGUUUGUUUCUCUUGGAUCAAUGUGUUUCCCAGAGGCAGUGCUUCUUAGUGAUGAAAGAAAUAUUUUAUCAAAUGUAGAUGAUAUCUUAGCAGCUACAGCAGCAGCUUGUGGAGUCACACCUUCUGAUUUUUCCAAGUCAACUUCAAAUGAAACCAUGCAGGCUGUUGAAGAUGGUGAUUCUAAAUCUCAUUUUCAGCAGUCAUUAGAUGUCAGGCAUGUGACUUCAGAUUUUAACUCUGUGACAGCUACAGUAGGAAAGCCACAGAAUAUAAAUGAUACUUCCUUAAAUGGAAAUCAGGUUACUGUGAACCUUUCAGCAGUACCUGCCCUUCAGUCAAAAAUGACUCUUGAUCAACAGCACAUUGAAACACCUGGUCAAAAUAUACCAACUAAAGUAACUUCAGCAGUGGUUGGACCAAGUCAUGAAGUCCAGGAGCAAAGUUCUGGCCCUUUCAAGAAACAGUCUGCUACCAAUCUUGAAUCUGAAGAAGACAGUGAAGUUCCUGUUGAUAGUACAUUAAAUAAUAACAGAAACCAAGAGUUUGUUUCUAGUAGUAGAAGUAUAAGUGGAGAGAGUGCUACAUCAGAGAGUGAAUUUACCUUAGGGGGUGACGACAGUGGUGUGUCAAUGAACCCAGCUAGGAGUGCACUUGCACUGUUGGCCAUGGCCCAAUCUGGGGAUGCAGUCAGUGUCAAGAUUGAAGAAGAAAACCAAGAUUUAAUGCAUUUUAACCUUCAAAAGAAAAGAGCUAAAGGAAAAGGGCAAGUUAAAGAGGAAGACAACAGUAAUCAGAAACAGCUGAAAAGACCUGCCCAAGGCAAACGCCAGAAUCCAAGGGGAACAGAUACUUACUUACCAUAUACUCCUCCUUCCUCAGAAAGCUGCCAUGAUGGUUAUCAGCAUCAAGAAAAAAUGAGACAGAAGAUCAAAGAGGUGGAGGAAAAACAGCCAGAAGUCAAAACAGGAUUUAUUGCUUCUUUCUUGGAUUUUCUGAAAUCCGGGCCCAAGCAGCAGUUUUCCACUCUUGCUGUACGAAUGCCUAACAGGACUAGACGGCCAGGGACCCAGAUAGUUCGUACAUUUUGUCCCCCACCACUUCCCAAGCCUUCAUCUACAACACCCACACCUUUAGUGUCUGAAGCUGGCAGUAACAGUCCAUCAGAUAAAGUUGAUAAUGAACUUAAAAACUUGGAACAUUUAUCUUCAUUUUCUUCUGAUGAAGAUGAUCCUGGAUGUAAUCAAGAUGCUUAUAAAAGCAUCUCUACUCCCUUAACUACUGUGGAUGCUACUUCUGAUAAAAAGAAGAAAACAGAAGCCCUACAGGUGGCAACUACUAGCCCAACUGCCAAUACUACUGGUACUGCUACUACUUCCUCGACCACUGUGGGUGCAGUUAAGCAAGAACCUCUCCACUCUACUUCAUAUGCAGUAAAUAUUCUGGAAAAUAUAAGCUCUUCAGAAUCCUCAAAGCCCAUUGAACUUGAUGGUCUUCCUUCAGACCAGUUUGCAAAAGGACAGGACACUGUUGCCAUAGAAGGUUUUACAGAUGAGGAGAACACAGAAAGCGGAGGAGAAGGCCAAUACAGAGAGCGUGAUGAAUUUGUGGUAAAGAUAGAAGACAUAGAGACUUUUAAGGAGGCUUUAAAAACAGGAAAAGAACCUCCAGCUAUUUGGAAAGUACAGAAAGCUUUAUUACAGAAAUUUGUUCCUGAAAUUCGAGAUGGUCAAAGAGAAUUUGCUGCUACAAAUAGUUAUCUUGGAUAUUUUGGAGAUGCAAAGAGUAAAUACAAAAGAAUAUAUGUGAAGUUCAUUGAAAAUGCAAACAAGAAGGAAUAUGUCAGAGUGUGUUCUAAAAAACCAAGAAAUAAACCUUCACAAGCUAUCAGAACUGUUCAAGCUAAGCCAAGUAGUAGCAGUAAAACUUCUGAUCCUCUAGCAUCAAAAACUACAACUACAAAAGCCCCUUCCGUGAAACCCAAAGUUAAACAGCCAAAAGUAAAGGCUGAGCCACCACCAAAGAAACGGAAAAAAUGGAAAGAAGAAUUUUCAUCAUCCCAAUCUGACUCAUCUCCUGAGAUCCAUACUAGUAGUAGUGAUGAUGAGGAAUUUGAUCCUCCCGCUCCCUUUGUCACUCGCUUUUUGAACACAAGAGCAAUGAAGGAAACCUUUAAGAGCUACAUGGAAUUGCUUGUUAGCAUUGCCUUGGACCCUGACACAAUGCAAGCCUUAGAGAAGAGCAAUGAUGAGCUACUUUUACCUCAUAUGAAAAAAAUAGAUGGCAUGCUAAAUGAUAACCGAAAGAGACUUCUUUUGAAUCUUCAUUUGGAUCAAUCAUUCAAGAAUGCUUUGGAAAGUUUUCCUGAACUAACAAUAAUUACUCGAGACUCUAAAGCAAAGAGUGGAGGAACUGCUAUUUCUAAAAUCAAAAUGAAUGGCAAAGCUUAUAAUAAGAAAACUCUAAGGACUUCUAAAACAACCACUAAAUCUGCACAAGAGUUUGCCGUCGAUCCAGAGAAAAUACAGUUGUAUUCUUUGUAUCAUUCACUCCAUCAUUAUAAGUACCAUGUUUAUCUGAUAUGUAAGGAUGAGAUUUCUUCGGUGCAGAAAAAAAAUGAAGAUUUAGGACAGGAGGAAAUUGUUCAACUUUGUAUGAAAAAUGUAAAAUGGGUGGAGGACCUCUUUGAAAAAUUUGGAGAACUUCUAAAUCAUGUACAGCAGAAGUGUUCCUGACUUUUCCACAAAAAUCCCAUCUUUUUAUAGCACUAAUGAAAUGGCAGAUAUGGGGUGGUCAAAGAUAAUCAGAUGUCAAGUAGUGGUCUUCUGCAGGCCGGCCGCUUCCAUCAUGGAACUGUCAUUACCACCUCUGCUGAAGGACAGUGUGCUGCCUUUAGGAAGGAAGUUAGUCCUCUGGAAAUGGACCUAAAUCCCACCACAUUUUUACCCUAAUGAAUGAUUUUUCUAUUUUGUAAACCAUUGGGUAACUUGAGUUAUAUUUUCAGAAACAUUUUUUGACAAAUGAUGAAGCAUGCACUAAGUAUAAUUUUUCUUUAUUGCUAGAGAAAUAACACUUAAAGUAACGAUUUUUUUUUUUCUUCUGACUCUGGCUAAACAGCAGAAUGACAGAGAAGUGGCAGAAACCGUAUGUUUGUACUCACAUCUGGCCACAAAACCAGAAAUACUGUACAUUAUGUAAAGAGGUCUGGUAUGGUGUGACAUCCUGUAUGAGAAUAUCAUCAAUUUAAAAUACAAAAUUUGGAAACUAUUCUGCUUUACAGACUCCUUUUACUCUUAACAUGUUCAGGAAACUGGAUGUGGAAUUGGUGCAAUUCUCUGACUGCUUUUUGUGUCAAAUUAUAUUGUGAUAAAAAAACAAUGACACACUAUUUUCCCUAUCGCAAAGAAAAGUAUUUUCAUUUAUACUGUGUUUUUUUCCUUUGGAAAAUUUUCAAUUGUACAUUUUAUUUCACUGAUAGUUGUAUUUUUCACAAGGAAAAUGUUGUGGUUAUAAUUAUGUUUGAUACAUCUCUACAACACCUUUUGUUAUUUUCAGUAAAUCUUAGUUAUAUGUUGAAUUUCUAUUGUGAAUUCUAUCUUGAGGUAACCAUUUUUGUUCAUACAGAUUUGCUUCAGUGUUAUCCAGAAUAUGCAUUCAGUACUAGAAUUAGUUUAGCUUUAUAAAUAGGGCUGUGUUAGACACUGCAGUAAUUUUCUAAUUCAUAAAAUAAACUUCUUACUAAACUAGCACUUGAUUAACUUGUUGAGGUAAAAAUCUAACUACAUUUACAUUUUGAAGAAUAAAACUGAUAAUUAGACUAUUUGCAGUGUUAAACACAGCUUCCUUAACUCUUAGAACUGGAAGUUGUAGAGCUCUCCUUUUGGUGCCUUUCCAGCCUUUAUACACACUAUUGUAGCUUUCUUAGGUUUGAUAGGUAGCGUUUCAAGUAGUUUAGCUGAGACAGUGAAUGUAUUAGGUUCAACAUGACCUUGUGUUUUAUUUGUGUUUGCCAACAGGAUGCCUUAUUUGUUUGAGAAAAAGAUUUACUAGUGUCAUUCUAAACUAUCUCCUUUUUUAGGAUUCUAAAGAAGUUAAUCAUCAUCCUUUUGUUUAUUUUACCACCAUUUAGUGCCUUAAAUCCUAUCAAGAAAGCAGUGUUACUGCUCAAUGCCCAAAUAAGACACGCGGAUAUUGCUAUUGUCUUGCUUUUGAGUUAACAGGCCAACUUUUUAUACGUAAAACCUCAGUAAACCGGCAAAGAAUUGAAGGUAACGUGAUUUGAUUUGAGAAUAAAACAUUGUAGCAUUGGGUGAAAAAUAAGUAUUUGAGUUAAGCUUACAUAUUUAUUUCUGAUGGUUAUCUUAUUAAAAGCAAUAAUCCUUAAUACUGUACUCGCCAUUAGACUAGGUACUCAGUAAUGGAAGUUUCUCUCAAGGGUUAAAUGUUCCAUCUUUGAAAGUUUUAAAAAACCUGUUUGGGUGGUUUAUUUUGAAAACAAAAGUAACCUAUUAGAUUCAUUUUGCCUAACUCAUAUGAGAGAUGCAGAAUAUCAAUGGUGGGAGCAUCAUAAAAUGAAUUUUCCAAGUGGAGAAGAGUAGGAAGCAGCCAUAUGAUAGUAUUGACUCUGGACAGAAUUGAUGUCUUUCGUUUCCAACGUGCAGAGUAGGGAACUACAUUUCCUAAUGUGGCAUUGUAAAUAUACAUCUUUAUAUUACUCUUCUAGCUUACGUUCCUAAAUCAUUGAUAAUUUAAAUAUUUUUUAAAGCCACCUUAAUUUAGGUAGCUCUUGGAGUCGAUGUUUGAAUUCACUAGCCACAUUUUCUUCAUGAUAUGCCUCGUAGCAAACAAAGAUGUUUCCUUAAGAUGAAUCUUACGUUUCCCAUAGAAAAUGACCCAUUUCCUUUGGCACUGCAGUUGCCCUCAAACUGCUUGCAGUUGUAUUCAUUUUAGUACAAUAAAGGUUUUCAUAAUAUGGGAGGCCAAGUCUAUGAUACUUGCCUCAAAGAGACCCUAUUGUUUAGAUGCAUCAUCUUCUCUCAUUUGGUCCAUAGAGCAUAGGCAAAGACGUCAACCUCAGGCCUUAGAGAAAAGUGGAAAUGUUAUUAUGACAGCCAUCCAUGAGUUAUCGCUUUGUAUGAAGUUAAAUACAGUCAUGCGUUGCUUAACAGCAGGGAUACAUUCUGAGAAAUGCAUUGUUAGGCAAUUCCGUUGUGCGAACAUCAUAGUGUACUUACACAAACCUGGGUGGCAUAGCCCACAACGUACCCAGGCUACAUGGUACACCUGUACAGCAUGUUACUGUACUGAAUACUGUAGGCAGUUGUAACACAAUGGUAUUUGUGUAUCUAGACAUAGAAAACAUACAGUAAGAAUAUGGUAUUAUAAUCUUACGGGACCACUGUCAAAUAUGCGGUCUGUCUUUGAAAAGUUGUAAUGCGGCGCAUGACUAUAAAUAACUAGCUGGUUAGCAUUUACAUUCCUUGCCAGGGAGUUUGAAAUUUAUAUUGUAGAAAUAACUUUAGGUUUUAGGUAGAGUUAAAGAGGUAAAGCACAUGUUGCCACAACCCAGGAAAGUAUUUUUAAGAAAGAUUGGAUUUUCCUACCUUUAGAGAUCUAAAAAAAAUUUAAUAUAAAAAAUCAGUUUGUGUUGGUGUUUAUUACUAGUUCAGAUGAGUGGCUGCUGAAGGGGCCCCCUUGUCAUUUUCAUCAUAACCCAAUUUCCACUUAUUUGACCUCAAGUCAUAAAUGUAUAAUGACUUACGAAUUAGCACAGUAAGUUGACACUAGAAACUGCCCAUUUCUGUAUUACACUAUCAAAUAGGAAACAUUGGAAAGAUGGGGAAAAAAAUCUUAUUUUAAAAUGGCUUAGAAAGUUUUCAGAUUACUUUGAAAAUUCUAAACUUCUUUCUGUUUCCAAAACUUGAAAAUAUAUAGAUGGACUCAUGCAUUAAGACUGUUUUCAAAGCUUUCCUCACAUUUUUAAAGUGUAAUUUUCCUUUUAAUAUACAUAUUUAUUUUCUUUAAAGCAGCUAUAUCCCAACCCAUGACUUUGGAGAUAUACCUAUAAAACCAAUAUAACAGCAGGGUUAUUGAAGCAGCUUUUUCAAAUGUUGCUUCAGAUGUGCAAGUUGCAAAUUGUAUUGUAUUUGUAGAAUACAAUUUUUGUUUUAAACUGUAUUUCAAUCUAUUUCUCCAAGAUGCUUUUCAUAUAGAGUGAAAUAUCCUAGGAUAACUGCGCUUCUGUGUCAGUCGCAUUUGACACAUAACUGCACAAGUGAACAGUGUAUACUCUUGGUUGUGCAUUAACUUACAUGUAUAAUUUUUGGCAUCUGUGUUCACAAAUGCAUGUGUUAGCAAAUCACCUUUAUUUAUAAGUGACAAUAAUUGAAGUUAAGGAUACAAAGAAACCUGCAUUUGUAGUCCAGCGUUUUCAUUUGGUCCAUAACACAGUGUAUGGAAAUGUGAAAGACAAUUUUGUACAUUUGUUUGUUACUAACUCAGAUCAUUAAAAUGAAAACAAUUUUUUUAAACAAGAAAA